AACAUAUACUCGCACUCAAAGUCAUAAACCCUUCGCUUCGCUUGGCUGUCUCGACUGUCCAACCCUCACUUCCCGAUAGCCCAGCCUAAAACCCUAACCCUAAACAUAUCAAAUAUAUCUCUCUCUCACUCUCUAUCAGUCUCCCUCUCUCUACAGUCUCUUGGAACCAAGACGAAAAAGAAUAGGAUGAUGAAUAUCAUCAUAAGAAGGUCGUCUUCGACAAUUUCCAGGCUAAAUCUCGCCGCCUUCGCGUGCUCUUCCUUCGAAUCCAUCGCGACCACCCUGCCUAAACAAUACCAUGGUUACUACCCAUCAACAUCACUACCUGAUCUCCUUUCUGGAAAUGGCGUCAUAUCUUUCUUACAUAGAGCCAGGGGCUUCCACGCCAAAUCUGGGCCCUUGGAUUUCAGUGCCUCAUUGCCCUCGCGAGCGGAGUUCGCCGCCAUAGAAGAUUACGAGGAAGCCUCCCCGUCCAAGGUGGGGAACGACGAUGGACUUGAGAUUGCUAAGCUCGAUAUUUCGCCGGAGAUUAUCUCUGCUUUGGCCAAGAAAGGCAUCACCAAGCUCUUCCCCAUUCAGAGGGCGGUGCUGGUACCAGCAAUGCAAGGGCGUGACAUGAUUGGUCGUGCUAGAACGGGAACGGGAAAAACCCUUGCUUUUGGAAUUCCCAUUAUGGAUAAGAUCAUUCAGUUCAAUGCCAAACAUGGGCGUGGCAGGAAUCCUCUGGCCUUGGUUUUGGCUCCCACGCGAGAACUUGCUCGCCAGGUCGAGAAAGAAUUUGCCGAGUCCGCUCCAGGCUUGGAUACAAUUUGUGUUUAUGGUGGUGCUCCCAUUUCAGGUCAAAUGAGGCAGCUUGAUUAUGGUGUUGAUGUAGCUGUUGGCACACCUGGUCGCAUCAUUGAUCUUUUAAACAGAGGUGCUCUGAACUUGUCAGAAGUUCAGUUUGUCGUUCUCGAUGAAGCUGACCAGAUGCUUCAAGUAGGCUUUCAAGACGAUGUUGAAAAAAUCUUGGAGAGGCUGCCCCAGGAUCGUCAGAGUUUGAUGUUCUCUGCAACAAUGCCAUCUUGGAUUAGAAAGCUCACCCAAAAUUACCUAAAAGAUCCAGUUACUAUUGAUCUGGUUGGAGAUUCUGAUCAAAAGUUGGCUGACGGAAUUUCUCUGUACUCGAUUGCAUCAGACAUGCAUGGAAAAGCUUCAGUUAUUGGGCCUUUGAUAACAGAGCAUGCAAGAGGAGGAAAGUGUAUUGUUUUCACUCAAACAAAACGUGAUGCAGAUCGAUUAGCAUAUGCAAUGGCAAGAAACUACAAAUGCGAAGCUUUGCAUGGGGAUAUCUCACAAAGUCAGAGGGAAAGAACACUUGCAGGUUUCCGAGAUGGGAAUUUUAAUGUUUUAGUUGCCACUGAUGUUGCAGCUCGUGGCCUUGAUAUACCUAAUGUUGAUCUGAUUAUACAUUAUGAGCUUCCCAACAACUCGGAGAUAUUCGUUCAUCGAUCAGGCCGAACAGGUCGUGCUGGGAAGAAAGGAAGUGCUAUCCUUAUUUACACACAGGACCAGAUGAGGGCUGUAAGAGUUAUAGAGCGAGAAGUAGGAUGCAAAUUUACAGAGCUACCUAGAAUUGCUACGGAGGGUGGUGCAAGCAGGGACAUGCUAAGUGACAUGGGUGGUGGUGGUAGAUUUGGAUUUACUGGAGGCAUGAGGGAUCGUAGAUCUGGUGAUAGUGGUUUUGGCCAUUCUAGCGGUCAAGGGCGUCCUGGAUUUGGGCGUAGUAGUGGCUAUAGCGAUUCUUUUGGUAAAACAGGUCAAGAUCGUAGACCUAGUUCUGGACGUUUUGGUUCCUUCGGUGGCCCUGGCUCACGUAAAUCUCAAGGUGGGAACUUUGGUGGUUCUGGGUUUAGUCGUUCAGGUGGUUUUGGUGAUUUUAGUAGUUCAGACCAAUCUGGUGGAUUUGGUUCAGGCCGUUCUAGUGGAUUUGGUGAUAAUCUACCAAGCCGUAACAGUGGUGGCUUUGGCAAUUCUCGUACUAGUCAUUCUGACAUCUUUGGGGACAAAACCAAUGAUGAUCAGAACCCUGGGAGAGCAUCACGAGCUUACUAAAUGGUAAGAAACAACAGAAGACAGCUCCCAGUGGGAGUUCAUAGCCAAGAGACUGAUUCAAUUUGAUUAAUAGGACCGAUCAAAAAGCAUGGGGCUUACAGGGAUUCUGCACCUACAAGUUCUAAAUAUUUUCUAGUUACUCUAAGACGUAUUGCUAAUAUAGUUUGCUGUUUAUAUUCAAAUUAUAUCAGUUUUGAAGAGAACAAUAUCAUGUUUGUAGAAGGGGCUCGUCUAAUCUAUUAUGAAAGCCUUUUUUUUUUUUUGCUUUUUAUAA